GCGGUGAUUGGGCAGUGUCAGGGAGGCGCCGGGGUGAGGUGCGGGCGCGCGAGCGGGAGUUCCGGCGGCAGGCCCGUGCUGAGGGCCGGCACCGUUCACCAUGGCCUCGGCGGAGCUGGAUUACAUCAUUGAGAUCCCGGAUCAGCCCUGCCGGAGCCGGGAGAACAGCCCAAGCCACGGUGGUUCUCGACAGCCUUUGGUGAUUCUCUUGGGCUGGGGUGGCUGCACGGACAAGAACCUUGCCAAGUACAGCGCCAUCUACCACAAAAGGGGCUGCAUUGUGAUCCGAUACACAGCCCCGUGGCACAUGGUCUUCUUCUCCGAGUCCCUGGGCAUCCCUUCACUCCGUGUUUUGGCCCAGAAGCUCCUCGAGCUCCUCUUUGAUUACGAGAUCGAGAAGGAGCCCCUGCUCUUCCACGUCUUCAGCAACGCCGGGGUCAUGCUGUACCGAUACGUGCUGGAGCUCCUGCAGACCCAUCGGCGCUUCUGCCACCUGCGUGUGGUGGGCACCAUCUUUGACAGCGGGCCUGGUGAUAGGAACCUGGCGGGGGCCCUGCGGGCCCUGGCAACCAUCCUGGAGCACCGGCCUGCUGCGCUGCGCCUGCUGCUCCUGGUGGCCUUCGCCCUGGUGGCGGGCCUCUUCCACGUCCUGCUCGCUCCACUCACCGCCCUCUUCCAUACCCACUUCUACGACAGGCUCCUCGACGCAGCCUCUCGCUGGCCCGAGCUCUACCUCUACUCGAGGGCUGAUGAAGUGGUCCUAGCCAGGGACGUGGAACGCAUGGUGGAGGCACGCCUGGCACACCAGGUCCUGGUGCGCUCUGUGGACUUCGUGUCCUCCGCCCAUGUCAGCCACCUCCGUGACUACCCUACCUACUACACGAGCCUCUGCGUCAACUUCAUGCGCAGCUGUGUCCACUGCUGAGGCCCUUGUCCCUCCCACCUCACCUCUGCUCCAGAAAUAAAUGCCUGACACUCCUCACAACCUGUAUCCAUGGAUGGGGUCCUCUUCUGGUUCCGCUCCUUCCAGCCCUCUGGGACUUCGUGGUCUCCUGAGUAGAAAAUUCCUUCGGGCGCUGCCCGGGGAGACUGGUGGUCUGCUUACCCCAGGGUCCCAGGUAGGGGCGGUGUGCCUGGGCAUGUCUCUGCAGGAGCCUGACAGUGUUGUGUUUGGAGAAGUGUAGCAGUCAGGCUGCGAUUCCUGUGGCUGUUAGGAUUAAUCAGCGGGGGUGGGGGUGGGGGGUGGUAUUGAUAAUGAGCCCCAGGAUUAUUCUGAUUCCUUGACUGGAUAGUGAGCUUAGUGAGGAGGUGCCAGAGGGAAGGGUUGGGCUGGGGCAGGGACUGUGAUCUCUGUUCCAAGGCCCCAGAAAGGCAAAGCCCCACCGCAUGAAGCACCAUUCGUAUGGAUCUCACUGGGCAGUUCACACAGACUUCUCUGCCCUCGCGGCCAGGGAGUCUGAGUAGAAGCCAGAUGGAGAGGUGAGGAUGCAGCGGUGGUGGGCCUGCCCAGAUACACCACACUGCCAGGAAGCCACUGGAGAGCUGCAAAGUGUGUGUCUUAUUGGGCAGAUGGAGUGGGAAGCAGAGCGAAGACAGCAGCAACCUAUGGGAGCUGGGGCAGGUGGUCAGGAGACCUGAAGACCAGACCCAGGGCAAGGGCCAUUUGGCUGAAAUAAACUCCCUCAUCUCCUUGAGGGAGUCCCACCUGGAUCCUCUCUGGGCAGGAGUGGUGCCGUUAGUCUUAGAGUUCUGUAUCACCUUUCAUUUUACAAGUCACUGCUGCACAGUGCUGGUACAUAAUAGGUAUUCAAUAAAUAUUUGUUGAUUGAA